UCUUAGUACUCCCCGAUACUGAUGACGUCUUUUUAGGCACUUCUCUUCAACAACAUGCAGCGAGGUGGUUACCGGCGGGCAUCCUAUUUCUCUCGGUCGGUUGCCGCUGAGUUACGUGAUAGCCCCAGUGUCACUGUCAGCGUCGAUUGCGGGUCCUCAGCUCCGGGCCCGCUCCAGGUCCCGAGGCAGGUCAAUGGAUCAGCGUUGGGACAUCUUCACAAGAGGAAUCAUGUAGGCUAAAAGUUACUAUUUCCUUUCCUUCCAUCUCCCACUUGGACAAGAUGAUUCAAAUACCUGUACUUUGCCUGGCCAUGCUGCUACCGUCAGUGGUUCACUCAGCUCAGGGUCAGUACGCCCAGAAGCUCCUCCAUGAUUUGAUGGAAAACUAUACCAGUGCCCUGCGGCCGGUGGAGGACACGGACCGAGCACUUAACGUCACGUUACAGAUCACGCUAUCGCAAAUCAAGGAUAUGGACGAGAGGAACCAGGUGUUAAUCGCCUAUCUCUGGAUAAGACAGAAGUGGCAUGACGCUUACCUGAAGUGGAAUAAAGAGGACUACGACGGACUGGAGGUCAUCCACAUCCCCAGCAACCUUGUGUGGAGACCCGACCUUGUCCUCUAUAACAAGGCUGAUGACGCCUUGUCCGGACCUAUGGACACCAAUGUCAAGCUGCGUUACAACGGAGAGAUCACCUGGGACGCUCCCGCCAUCACCAAGAGCUCCUGCGUGGUCGACGUCUCUUACUUUCCCUUCGACAGACAGGAAUGUAACCUUACUUUCGGAUCCUGGACAUACAAUGGAAACCAGGUGGACAUCUUCAUGGGCAUGGACAGCGGCGACCUCUCCGAUUUCGUCACGAACGUGGAGUGGGAGUGCCACGGCAUGCCGGCGACCAAGAAUGUCAUCAUGUACGGCUGCUGCGCCGACCCGUACCCCGACAUCACCUACACCGUGCUGCUGCAGCGACGCUCCUCCUUUUACAUCUUCAACCUCCUCGUCCCGUGCUUCCUCAUCUCCUUUUUGGCUCCUCUCGGAUUCUACCUGCCGGCAGACUCGGGGGAGAAGGUUUCCUUAGGCGUGACGGUGCUUCUGGCGCUCACCGUUUUCCAGCUCAUGGUGGCCGAGAGUAUGCCUCCCUCGGAGAGCGUGCCUUUGAUUGGCAAGUACUACAUCGCCACCAUGACCAUGGUCACAGCCUCCACCUCCCUCACCAUCUUCAUCAUGAACAUCCACUUCUGCGGUCCCGAGGCCAAACCCGUCCCCCGCUGGGCAAAAGUCCUCAUCAUCGACUACAUGUCCAAGAUCUUCUGCGUGUACGAAGUGGGCGAGAAUUGCGCCUCUCCGUCCUCGACUAAGGACGACCUCAAUCGACAAUGCAGCGCCAACGGCCAGGCGGGAUGUAGUCGAGAAAAACGGCAGGUUCCAAAGAAGCCCCAGACCCCGACGCCGCAGCAACACCCCAAAAUCAAGCCUCAGCAACACCUCACCAGGGCGGAGAGAAGCCUCUUCAAUACCUUUCCGCUCGGAAAGUACGAAAACUCCAAUGGAAAGAUUUCGUCAGGCGACUGUUGUAAAGAUGAACAAAAAGUUCCCUACUCCCCAAUGGAUAAAAAUCCACCUUGCUGCCCUGAAGACAAAAAACCCCUAAACCAAAGCCCAGUGGUAACGUUCGGUCCCUGUGUGUUCUGUCGUCACGGCAACGGCAUUUUCGGCGGGGACCCCAAAUUGGUGCGCAACGUCGAGUACAUCGCAAAUUGCUUCCGUGAGCAAAGGGCCACGUGCGCCAAGGGGGCCGAGUGGAAGAAGAUCGCUAAAGUGAUGGAUAGGUUCUUCAUGUGGAUCUUCUUUAUUAUGGUGUUCCUUAUGAGCAUUUUGGUCAUUGGAAAGGCCCCAUGAGUGCUGAUCCAUCCAGUCAGAAUUCAUGGUUCUACAUUUUUCUGGCUUUAAUCAUUUCUAGUCCGAAGAACAAAAGGGCGGAGCAUAAAAUUGAUUUUGAAAUUUAUCAUAUUUUGAGACGAUUCGACUCUAUACGACAAUUUUGCAAAGCGCAGAUGAGGAAAAAAUGUCUUUUAAUCUGACGUUUAACCCUUUAACACCUAAGCCGAAUUUGCAUGCCUUUGAUGUUGCCUUUAUUUUUCAAAGAAAAAACUGUUCACAAUCACCAAGUUGGGUCCCUUUUUUUCAGGAUGCCUUGAACUUCAUGUCCAAACUGUUGUUUUCUUCACUGACCAACUUUAAUCCACUUUUUGGACCCAAAAAGACAACAACAAAAAAAUCUUUUUUCAAAAUUUGUAAUGUUGAAGUCCCGCUGACAACCAAACAUGCUCGACCAACCGUUUUGAAGCUUGAUAAUAUUUAUUUAACUUGCUAGGAUAAACAUUCAACAGAAAAAAAUAAGAUUGAAUAGUUUUAUGUUUGACAAUUCAACACAAACAGCAGCUAUGGCCAUAGGCGUUUUUGGCCUUCACACAUACUAUGGUCAAAACAUGUUAUGUACAGUGCAAAAUAGUGAGAAAAAAAUCAUAUAUAUUAUCCAACACAAAAAGGGUUUGGAGGUUAUCUCUGUGAAGUUAGGUAUUGUACCCAUCACCUUAUCAAAGGUAUAUAUGUACGUGCAAUCAAGCUUCUCGAACACACAUCUAUAUAAAAAUUGAAAAGAUUCAUAGUGAAGAAAAAUUGAUAAACAUUGAAAAAAAAGUAUUUUCAAAAAUAUUGACAAGUUGUUCAGUUCAGUUCAAUUUUUUUAGGCAUGCGACCCAAUAGUUUUUUUUUUGUUUUUUUUUUGCGCACUCAAUAAAGUUUGUUUUUGAACAUGUCACUAAACUGCGUCACAUACAACGUCACACAGCCUACUCAUCCGCCGUUUGCGCGCUGCUGUCACUUCUACUCCCCGAGACGCCGACAGAUCCGAGGAAAACAAUGACAAAUACAGCUCAUCCUAUUCCUUGAGUUAAUGAAAUAAUGCAUUAGCUUGCGCUAAAUUUAGUUUUCGAUUCUUUCUGCACGUUUCAAAGUCGCUCGCUCAUUCCAACCGGCCGUUGCUUUCUACGCGUGUCUCCUUUCCCUUAGUUGGCGCCUUGCUCGUCAAUUCAUUAAAAAUGUUCACAUUAGGUUCGUCCUUCUUGACAUCACAACGACUCUUGGGAUAUGUAGUCUUUUGUGCUGCUUUCGGUUUUGAAAAAAGGACAAGAAAUGAUGGAAAUAUGGAGAUAGACACAUGGUCCAUGCAGCGUUUUAAUGCAUAUAUAUGAGUGCAAUAAAACUAUAAAACUCAAAUGACAUUAUCUCCCGUUUUAAUUUGUUGAUUGACUUCAAAUAAAAACUAGUGUGGACAUCAACUUCCGUACUUUCAAACGAGAGCAACCAGGGGCACGUGGGUGACGUAAUUACAGCGUUACGAUGCUUCAAAGAUGAUAUGUGUAAACGUGUCGCAUCCGACACGUUCGGUGUUAAAGGGUUAAAGUGCAUGUGACACGAAAAAGCAUGUUUAUUUCAUAAUAGACGCGGUAUUUUAUGCUUCUGAAUGAUAUGGACCGCUUGGAUGUGUGUGGAAGCGAUCGCUAUAUUUAUUUAGUUUUUUUAAUCCCGCGCCCAGAAAAUGAGUGACUUCCGGCUUCGGUCUUGCAUUGAGGAGGAGGGCGCUGUGACGUGUACGGAACGGAUGAAGACGUCCUCUUCACUACACAGCGGUACUGUUGUGUAAAAGGACUAAGGAUUCAGCUGAUUUUGCGGAUGAAUACGUUUAUUUUUCGCAUAUGCAAGCCAAACGGCUGCAGAAAAAUCUUGCUGUAUG